AUGCACCUCUACGGGAGGGUAACAGCUUCCAUCCGGUCUGCCAGACGACUUCGGCGCAGGACUAUCAUCAAGGCUGCUGCUCAAGUGUUAUUCCUGGCUGGUGCAUUUGCGCUGGGCAUCGAGUUCGACGGCUGGUUGCUGCGCGUCUGGUCCUUCCCCUUGUCAACCUCCAGAGACCGAUUAUGCACUACCACCGAGUUUGGCCAACCGACUCAGAAUGCAGCCUGGGCGCAUUUUCCGCCACCUGAGAACGACGUCUACCGCGUUCCAGACACGCUCGACACAUUCGCGAGGUACAAGCAUCGCAGUCGCUCUACUUGCAAUAUCUCGUCCCUAGACCUUCACAUGCCGUUUGGCCCCCUAUGCUCGACACGCGCCGAUCUACUCGCUGCUUUCUCCGGAGGCGGGCGGAUCGGUUUCGAUACACCCUUCAUCCCGCGAGGGUGCGACAUGCGCUGGUACACAACUGAAGAAGUAUGCGAGGUGUUGGGUCGUUUCGAGAAGGUCAUUGUGGUCGGGGAUAGCAUGAUGAGGCACGUCGUGGCGGCCCUGAAUGUGCUCCUCCGGAAAGAUCUUGGCUAUGGGGGCGUGACAGCUUGGAACUUCAAUGAGGAGGAGCUCGAAAACUGCUUCUGUAAUCACCAGAUGGAUGUCAAGGCCUGCAGCAUCCAGGGCAUUUACUCGACUACAUCUGUUAUCGAGCACGAUCCGAACUCGCUCGCCUGCUCACAGCCCUUCGAUCUUGUCAUCGAGUUGAUGCUGCGCUUUCCACUCGAUCCUCUUGAGGUCAGCCGCUUCAAAGCGCUCAUCGCGAACAAGAAGCCAUCGCGGCCGUAUGCAUUCGUCUUCGGCCACGGGCUGUGGAACGAUCUCGAUCUACAGGCGACCUUGAACUGGCUCGACGGCAUCAAUCAUCACGCGAUAGAGCAAGCGCCGUACCUGGAGAGAUCACUUUGGCCCCGGCUCAUCGUCACGCCGAACGCGGCAGGUACGAGAAAGCCUGACCAGUGGAUUCUUACUCAGGGCGAUAAAGCUUUGCAGAUCUUCGAACAUAGUGUGCGUGACGAGGCCGCAAAGAGAGGGGUUGAGCAUCUGGGGACCUGGAAUAUGAGCAUUCAGACGGAGAAAUACGACGGGGUCCACCUCGACCUGAAAGGCAAUUUGGUCAAGGCCAUGGGCGUCGUCAACUGGCUGGCCAAGCUGGACCUUGAGCAGUGGUGA